AUGCUGGAGGACACGGGCGUCUGCGCCUUUUUGGCCGACGCCAAGAUCAACUGCGACAUCAUCCCCACCGUGUCCUCGAAGCGCCAGAGCCAGUACGACUGCCCGAUCUGCAUGGAGUCGACGGUGAGCCGCUCCACGAUCGUCUUCUCGGACUUUACGUUGCACCACGAGUGCUUCCGAUGCAAGAACUGCUCGGUUGGCCUGCACCAGGUGGAGCGCGAGAAGAUCAUCUUGAAGCGCAAGGACGGCGAGCGAUUCCAGGUGUACUGCGCCGACUGCCGCAGCAGCACUUUCUUUGACAAGAUCAAGAACACGUCCAAUCAGCAAAAGCUCAAGAUCUACAACUUCUUCAAGGAGUCCACCGCGCCCUCCACCUCGUACACGCCCUCGUCGUCGUUCCCUCACGAGUCAAACUCGGCCGCGCCCUCGGGCGGCGGUAACGGCUACCUAUCCAGCUCCCCUGGCAACACAUCGAUACACGUCAGUGCUGUACCAUCGUCGCCCAACCUCCGACCAUCCUAUCCCAUCAUCCCUGUCAAGGAUGAGAUACAGAAUUUCAAGUUCAACAAUGGCGGUGGUGGCGGAGGCGGCGGAUACAAGCGUGCUCCAGCAGAGGGUCUCGGACCCAAGUCAAUGUCGAUUGGUCGCUUCCAGACCGCGACCAGCAAGAGCUAUCAAUCGUCACACACAUUGCCCACGUCGGCAUCGAGCAAUCACAUUGAUGUGGGAGCAGAGCUGCAUGCGAUCAACAUAUCACACUCACCUCAUGCAGGCUCGCUGGCCACGUAUCGACGACCUGAGCGAUACAAGCCUCCUCUGCCACCAACGCCCAUGGAGAAGAAGGAGCGCGCGAUGGAACAGAUGAAGAUAAAGAACAUGCAUCAGACAGGCAUCGACAUCUCGCCUGAGAAGGGCAUCAUCAUCACGGCACCCGGCGCUGGGGGUAUGUCCACUCACGAUCCGCAGUCGCCAGAGUGUGGCACGCCAUCCAACACGCCGCCCAAGUCAAUGACUGCACCGAUACCAGUGAUGGAGCGAACGCGCCAAUACUCAAAGGCGCUGCCCGACAUCCCCUUGCAGAUCUCAAGCAGGAAUGUUAGCAACUCAGUCAUGCUGGCGCCCAGUGGCAGCCAUCCACCUCACACUGGCCCUCAUCACACUCGAGACAACGACAUCUACAAUCAACUGAACAACGUCAAUCGAUUCAAACGAUCACAGAUACAGAACAAUCAGACGCCCCUGCCGCCUCCGCCAAAGGGUCGCCCAUUGCCAACCCCACCACAACCACAGCCACAGCCACAGACGACUACACAAUCACAAACACAAACGACGACACAGUCACAGACGACUACGACAACGACAGUACCAUCUCCUACAUUAUCACAUCGUACUCCACCAGUAGUAUCACCACGAAACAUACUUCCACCUGUACAACAACAACAACAGAGCAGCAACAACAACAAGCCAACCCCAUCACCGACCAAGUAUCUCCGACCACCUUCACCAAUGCCUCCUCCACAACUACCACCCAAGACAACCAACAACAACAACAAUGAUGUACUAAUAGAUAACAACAGCAACAGCAACAACAGCAACAGCAACAACAGCAACAAGACACAAACAUCGCCGACGACAUCAAGAGUGAAUCUAGUUGUACAGCAGUUCAAACAACAACAGCAACAACCAAACAACAACAACAACAAUGGACAUGCACCAAUGUUGCAAAAGAGGUCAGGAUCAGAGAUGACUAUUAUGCACAAGAUACCAGGUGCUCAUUACACACUUCGAACCGUACCCAAGCGCGACUCAUCUGGUGGCAAGCAGACAAUAGUCGUUCGCAAGAACGUCAGCAGCUCCAACCUUAUGGCCCCGACCAACAGCAACAACAGGUUCAAGGUUACACCAGCUCGAACCAACUAUGCAUCCACAUCAUCCACGUCUACGACCACGUCGACAACAACACAGCCACUACCAAUUGCCACAGCGACUCACACGCAAACACGUCAAUUGAACAAGUAUUGUACGUCUUGCAAGGAGCAGCUAUCAUGCACGACUCAGUUGGUUGUGGUCAAGGGUCAUUACUACCAUAGAGAAUGCUUCAACUGUGCUAAAUGUCAUCUGCCAUUGCAAGUCAGCGACUGCACAUUAGGAGGCCACGAUGGCAUGAUGUCCUACCAUUCAUCAUGUCUAAAGACUUCUGGUUCUGGUAUUGGUGUUGGUGUUGCCACCUCAAUGUCCUCCAUGGAAGGAGUCCUUCUUCGGUGA